AUGUCGUAUCCACCCGUCCCUCUUCCAAAUGGCCAAAACUUUACAGCCACUCUGCACAGCACCACAUACCCCGCAAUUGACUCCGCGACGAAGUCCGACCAUAGCAAACACAUAGUCUUCAUAACAGGCGCUUCGAAAGGUGUCGGCAGAGCUACAGCUAUAUCAUUUGCGAAAGCUGGGGCUGAAGGGAUUGCUAUCGGUGCAAGAUCGGAUCUCUCCUCACUCGAGACAGAAAUUCAAGAGGCAGCACAGGCGGCAGGAAAGACCCCACCAAAAGUCUUGUUGAUUAAGCUUGACUUACUCAAUCACCAGAGUGUUAAAGACGCAGUCCAGGAGGUUGAGAGGACUCUCGGAAGAUUAGAUAUCUUGAUCAAUAAUGCGGGAUAUCUAGCCGCCAGUCAAUCAAUAAUUGACUCAGACCAUGAUGACUGGUGGCAGACAUUUGAAGUCAACAUACGUGGGGUUUAUUGGAUGACUCGUGGGUUUCUUCCCUUGAUGCUAAAGGGUGGACUCAAGACAAUCAUCAAUGUAGCCAGUACUGGAGCAAAUUCGUUGCGACCCGGAGCUAGCGGAUACCAUACCUCGAAGUUCGCAUUGUUGAGAUUGACAGAAUUCACAAUGACAGAGUAUGCAGAACAAGGAUUACUGGCAUAUUGCGUACAUCCUGGCGCAGUUAAUACAGAUAUGGCUAAGAAAUUACCAGAAUAUCUUCACAAAGUCUUGAGAGAUGAUCCGGCAGUUGCGGGUGAUUCGAUGUGCUUUUUAUCUCAAGAAAGAAGAGAAUGGUUAGCUGGCAGACAUCUCCGAUCCCAUCCUCGUCCUCUCACACGUACCUUCUCUGUCCUCCCACAUCUCUCAAGUCCGCCAUCUCAAACACGUCAACCACCGCCUGCGCCAGAUGCAGAAAGUGCAGCACUCAAGAGUGGCCAGCCGUCGACAUAUCUAGGGACUAAGAAACGUCUGCCCGAAUUCAACUUGGUCGAUAAAGUGGUAUGUGUUUCCGGGGCUGGCAGAGGAUUAGGAUUGGUACAGGCAGAAGCCUUAUUGGAGGCCGGUGCUAAAGUAUAUGCCCUUGACCGUCUCGAAACCCCCUCUCCUGAUUUCGAUCGCAUUGCACAGCGCGCGAAGGAAGAACUCGGUACAUCGCUUUCAUACCGCCGCAUCGACGUACGAGAUGUCGAGGGUCUGAAUUCUAUAAUUGAGGAGAUAGCUCAGAAAGAAGGACGAAUGGAUGGCCUAAUAGCAGCAGCUGGAAUCCAACAAGAAACUCCAGCUCUGGAAUACUCGGCUAAGGAUGUCGAUCUAAUGAUGAGUGUUAACGUAACCGGUGUUUUUAUGACAGCACAGGCAGUCGCAAAACAAAUGGUGAAAUUUGGUAACGGGGGAAGUAUAGUGCUUAUUGCCAGUAUGAGUGGAACUGUUGCCAAUCGAGGUCUCAUAUGCCCCGCUUACAACGCAUCGAAGUCCGCAGUUCUACAACUUGCACGAAAUUUGGCUAGUGAAUGGGGCGAACAUAGUAUUCGGGUCAACACCAUUUCUCCAGGAUAUAUAGUGACAGCUAUGGUGGAGGAGCUCUUCAAGAAAUUCCCAGAGAGAAGAACGGACUGGCCAAAACAGAAUAUGUUGGGCAGAUUGAGUGCUCCUGAGGAAUACAGAGGGGCGGCGGUGUUUUUGGUUAGCGAUGCUAGUAGCUUCAUGACUGGCGCGGAUCUGAGGAUGGAUGGGGGACAUUCGAGUUGGUAG